AUGGCUCCUCCUCUUGCGGGGCUCCUCUGGAGGCGAGGAACGCGCGCCCGGGGCACGGCGCGGUGCGCGGGGGGCAGCGGAGCAGCGUCUGUGCCCGGGGGGCAGCGGCAGAGCCACGAGCGGAGCCGGUGCCGGGGCGGGGGUGCCCGGGGUGCCGCGGGGGCACUGCAGCAGAGCCGUGCGCGGAGAGACAGCUUGGAUGGAUGCGCCAACAGGAGCGUGCGGAGAUUGCGAGGGGCAGGCGGGGAGGGGGCGCAGCGUGGGGCUCGGUGUGGGGAGAGCGGCGCGGAGCCGUGCCGGCGGGCGGCGGAGCGGCGUGCGGGCUUUGUGCGCUGGCCCGGGCGGCGGGGCGAGGCGCAAGGCAGCGGCUGGGGGCGCGGAGCGCAAGGGGGCGGCGGCGGCGUGGGGAGUGCGGGGCAGCUUACGCGCGGGGGAGGGCGGCGGUGGCAGCGCGACGUGCGCCGGGCAGGGCCGUGCGCGGCCGGCACACCGAGAAUCGGCUCCGGGGGAGGCGGCGGCCGCGGCCGGGCCAAGCCGGCGGGUGCGGGGGCGGGGAGGGGAGAGGCCGGGGUCCCCGCGCCGCCGGCGGCGGAAGUCUUUGUUCCGCGGGGCCUCGCCGGCGGCGGAACAAAGGAGCGGCAGCGCUGCCGCCGGCGCUGUCCCUGGUGCUGGCGCAGGCACCGCGCUCCCGCCGCGGGCCGCCACAGCGCUCGUCCCCGGUCGGGCUGA